UGCGCAAAGCUGCUGGUGGUGGUGGACGUCUCUGCCCUGACGCGCGGCGUGCGUCUGCUCAGUGUGGAGGUGCCGCUGACAGCGGUGCCGGCCGGACCGGCUGCCUCUCCGGCGGCCGACAUUGAGCGCGGCACGUGUCCGCCGCCGUUCGGGCCGCUGCAGCUGCUGCAGUCGGCGGCGCAGCUGUCCGUCUCCGUGUCGCUGGCCGUGCCGCUGGACCUGCUGCCGCGGCCGGCGCCGGCGCGCUGCGCCUACGGCCGCCUGCUGGCCGUCGUCUCGCAGCGCGGCCUGCAGCGCAGCGGCGUGCUGCAGCUCAUCCAGCAGCUCAACGAGCCGCCCAGCCCGGCGGCGGCCGAGGGCGCCGCGCCGCGCCGGCCCGGCGACGUCAGCACACCUGGCAUCAGCGGCUUCUGCCUGGCCGACCGUCAGCUGCACCUGCUGUUCGCCGAGGGGCGCGCCGACGCCGAGCUGGAACAGACGGCGGCCGCGCCGCGCGCUCUGCCGCGCCGCGACGCUCGACUCUGCCACCACUCGGGCCUAUACUGUUUAGGGAGCGCCUGUACCCGCGCCAGCCGGCCGCGUUCCGCGUGCUCGAGGACCGCCCGCUACGCGCCCAGCUGCUCGACACCCGCCUCUACACGUUACAGAAACAGGAGCCGGCGCGCGCCGUCCGCGCCAUCAGAGAGUGCUUCCGCACGCAGUGGCUGUCGGAAAAUGAACCUGCUUCCCAACGAGGCCGGCCUGCAACAACUGCUGGCCGGCUGUUGGCCGAAAAAAAAACGCCUUCAACCGGAUGUCAGUUGUCAAAUCAACGCGUAUUAAUGCAUUCACUAGGAUGGGCUUACGUAAAGCUGUAGAAUUGCAAAUAUAUAAUGGCACUGUUUUUGA